GUUUGCUCUUGUGAUGGUUUCCUUGCCUAUGCAGAAGCUUUUACAUAUGUCUUUUUUUUUCCCGUUUAAUAUGUUAACCGUAACGUAUGACUCACUGUUUUAAUUAAGUACUGUGAUUUUGUACUGAUUAGAACAAAGCGGACUAUUGAGGGCAGUGUCCUCCAGCCCAGAGUGUGCCCCAGCUGCUGUGUGUGCUGCAUUUCCGUGUCUGUUCUUUACAGUUUAGUUUCUUGCCUGUCUUUAGUUUGCCAAUCGCGGCUUCUCACUAAGCUCUCGUCAGUGUGCCUGAGCUCUCUGGGUCUGGUUUAGAUCAAUCAACAAGGAAACUGAGAGUAUUGUGAUGAUUUAGAAUAAGACAUUCAAAGCCAGGAAUUUCCCUCUGAGCGAUGUGCAUGAGGUCUAGUGUGUUACUGCUGACCUUGGUUUCAAUGCUUUGGAGGCACCCUUCCGGAUUUUCAGCAGUGCUGCUCUGUGACAAAGUAGCUAUGAUGAUACUCCUUAGAACACUAUAAACCAACGAGUCACAACUGUUUCAGAACUAUGGAAAACAUAGCGUUUGGGUUUUUAUUUUUGUUUUUAAAUGCGGAUUCUUCUGUAGCUACUUCUUGCCUCUGUUGUUGAAAAACAGUGUGCAACGCCCUUCCUCCAUCCUGUAACUGUCUUAUGCUGUAACAGACAUUCUUAUAUGUAACAAUUUUUGACAGCCUAGACCCUAGUUUGUUUUCUUAUUCAAUAACUAGGUCAAAAAACACUGUGUCUUACCUUUCUUUCUUGAUCUAGAGAACGGAAAGUAAGUCUUAGUCUUUACAUAUUUCUUCUCCUUAUUGUAAAUGGUAGGGAAAAUGAACCCAGUGUCUUUCAAUUCACCUGUUUUGUUUUGUUUUUUUCCCCCUCAUCUUAAAGGCUUGUGAAAUCGUACUAAUGCUAAGAAACUGGUUCAGAAGCAUGCUGAAGUUUAUGAAUCACUGAGCUAACUCAUUCAGAACUCAAGGCAGCACUCUUUGUUUUUAUAAAUAAGGAAACUGAGGCCCAGAGAGGGGUUAAGUAACUAGAGGAAAUAGCAUAGCCAGACUUAAACCCAAGUAGUCUGGCUCCAAAGCUCUUUUCUUUUAAAAAAACGAUCUGCAAUUUAGAUAACAAGCACCAAGCCAAGAGAAUUGGCAAGGUUGGUCUGAGUAUGCUGACAACCAGAUUUUUGUGUGCAAGAAACCAAAAAAAAAGAGGAAAUAUAGUAUUUUUUAUAAUGAAACAUGGCAAUUUAUUAGUUGUAAAUAUUUACAUACAUAGUAAACUUUUACACAACUUGGGGAAAGAUUUAAAGAAGCAUAAGCACAUUUGGUUCAACUUGGCACUGUCCCCAGCAUGUUCCAGCUGUAAACAAUCACACCUUAAUCUGACCUAAUUCUUUCUGCCGGCACCAGGUAGAACUUCAUCCUGAAACCUUUUUCUCUUAGCAUCAGAUCAACUCACUUCGAACCCAAAGGUCUAACUUUACAUUGAGAAUCCACAGCAAUUCUGACCUCAGUGUGCUUGUUGGUACCUUCGGCCAUUUUGAUAUGUUUGUUUUUAAUUUCUCUGGCAAGACCUAACCUGAGCCACCUGUGUAGUAGUUCUCUAACUCUGGUUGCAUUUACAGUUCUGAGUUCUAGCUCCCAGCUGCUUUUAAAGGCAGUUAGCAGUAAUAGCAAUAAUAUUAAAGAAGAGAAUAGCCAUGGCUGUGCUUUGUUGCAAUCGGCUGCCUAUGGCUAUACAUGAAAGCUCCAGUGGGUAGAGACUGGUAUACUAUGUUCAUUGAUGCAUGUCCAGCACAUACAGUGUUGCCAAGCACAUGCCAGGUGCUCAAUAAACAUUACUUGUUUGAAUUAUUGAAUAAAUGAACAAAUGGUUUUCCAUUCAGAUUUCUCAGUGGGAUCCCUUACAUCUCUCCUGAGUUGAUAAUUGAAAUGAACCACAGUUGAUUAAUAAACAAACUCUGAAGACAUCUUGCUAUUUAACAACUUUCAUUCUGUAAAAUCACCUAGUAUAAUAAUUGGCUUAUAUAAUAUUAGGUUAUUACCUGCUUAAGCAUCUUAGUUUGUACCCUUAGUCAUCUCCAAGCCCCUGCAUAAAAAUAAACUUUCUUCUUUAAAAGAAUCUAUACACAAAACACAACAAAAGCUAACAAUCCAGGCCCUGAUAUUAGCUAGGUAGACUUGACCUAAGCCUUCAUAGAACAAUUAACUAGUUCUAAGACAAGAGCAAAGUAACAUCUUUGAGUAUCACUUUCCUCAUCUGCAAAGCAAGGCUAUAAAUAACUGCCCACAUGCUGAUAGAAACAGCAUAUUAAUAUUGAUAACUUAGCCGUGACCCAUAACUAAUAAGUUGACUGAGGUAGAAUUCAAAGUUAGCUCCCCUGGCUCCAUUUUAACCGUUUUAGGAUGCCAAGACCCUAUAGAAUCAUUUAGAAAGGCACCAAAGAAGAGUGCUCCUGAGGCAAGAAGGACAAAUAGGAGUUUAUCAGAGAAAUUAAAUCAAGAAAGAGCCUUCCGACCUGAGUCGGCUGUGGGUGCGGCUGGCCAGGAUGAAGGGUGUAAGCUUGUCUUCAUUAGCAACAGCAGCUCUCGGCAGCUCAUACAACUUCCAUGGACCAGUCCAUAAAGAAAAGCCACACAGAAUGUGCAAGAUUAAGGGAUGUGAAGUAAAGAUGCAAUUAUUCUAACAUGAAAUAAGUAUUUAUAAUUAACAGUUUUUAUUAGCUGUACAUAAUAAAGAACUUUAACAGCAAAAAAUUGGAAUGUCUGCUUCUCCAACAGGUUUAGAGUGUGCCUAUGGGGGAGGAAGGAAGUAGUUGGAAGGAGAAGCAGUAAUUGUAGUGCUGUAAUAGCAAAUCAGGGAAGAAAUCUGCUCUUGAACACAUCAUUUUGAAAAGCUUUGAAGGGAAAACCAAACCCAAAUCCCUCUUUCACAGUAUUUACACUGCAGGGCACAGAGUCUGAAAUGUUUUCUUUCAAGAAUGAUUAUUGAAUUUAAAAAAAAAAAUUAUUGAACUAAAUUAGGGUAAGCGUAUUUGCUCAAGUACAAAUCAAGCCAUGCUUUUCACUUAGAAUGAUGAGAAAAUUCAAAUAACAGAAGCCUCAUUUCAAAUCCACUACAGUCCCUGUAUUUACAUGCUACAUCGAUGAUGGUGUUACUCUUUCAGUGCCGUGUGAAAGGGCUCAAGGGAAAGGGAAUGUAGACUAUGCACGUGGUUUGUUAUCUUUCCUCUAUUACUUUUUUUUCUUUUCUUUCAGUUCCGCCUUUUAUCCAACCUUUUGAGUUUCCAAGAUUCUCUAUUGGGCAGCGGGUCUUCAUCCCGUGUGUUGUGGUCUCAGGGGACCUGCCCAUCACCAUCACCUGGCAGAAGGAUGGCCGGCCGAUCCCCGGGAGCCUGGGGGUGACCAUCGACAACAUUGACUUCACAAGCUCCUUAAGGAUCUCCAACCUCUCCCUGGUGCACAACGGGAAUUACACCUGCAUAGCGCGGAACGAGGCAGCGGCUGUGGAGCACCAAAGCCAGCUGAUUGUGAGAGUUCCUCCGAAGUUUGUGGUUCAGCCGCGGGACCAGGACGGGAUUUACGGCAAAGCCGUCAUUCUCAACUGCUCGGCUGAGGGCUAUCCUGUGCCUACCAUCGUGUGGAAAUUCUCUAAAGGUGCUGGGGUUCCCCAGUUUCAGCCAAUCGCGCUGAACGGCCGGAUCCAGGUUCUCAGCAACGGGUCGCUGCUGAUCAAGCAUGUCGUGGAAGAAGACAGCGGCUACUAUCUCUGCAAGGUCAGCAACGAUGUGGGCGCAGACGUCAGCAAGUCCAUGUACCUCACGGUUAAAAGUAAGGAAGAAGAAAUGCUUCGUUUUACCUACAUAGGUCUUUGGGGGCUUAGAUAUUUCCAUUGUCUCCAUACAUACCUGUUGGAAAAAAAAAAUAAUAAUAAGACCAAUGGUUCACCAUAGCUGGGUUUGAAGUUUUGCUGUUUUAGAAACACAAUUGAAGAGGAUGGUGAAAGUCCAUGCAGCUGUCAAUAGCUUGUCAUGCCCGGGGCCCUCGUGCCUGGAGCAGGGAGUAGUCACAUUCUUCUCUCCCUACAGGUCUUGGAGCCACUGGCUCUGGGCAACCUAGCAGAUGAGUAGGUCUCUGCCUUUAGCGCCCACAUUUGUAAAUACAUGGUCUCAGAUGUGUACUUUGCUAAAUCCUUUUUUUGUGUGCAUCUUAUUAAUUGCAUGCUGGCUUGUCCAUAGUUUUCUUUUUAAAGAUCAUUAUGAAAUCAAGUGACUGGAAACCUCAUUACCAACAGCAAACAACUACGAGACAGAGUGUGUGGUACCAGGCUUAGGGUCUGUGCUGCUGGACCAGCUUAUAGGAAAGUGUCCCUUGUGAUAAAGGGUUUUUCACGCUUUGGUAACUGACACCAAGAAAAGGAUAUAAAGUGAACCAACUUUUACUGAAUCAUGCUUAUUAACAAAUCAUCGUGUGUUUAGUUUGCAGUGAGUAGUUUAUAUCCAUUUAUAUAAUUGUGAUUGUGAUUUCUUCUUGACUAGAAGCCUUUAUUAAGGCUUCCUCUAUGUUUAAUAUUCAUUCUGCUAUUAAUAGUUUGGAAAUAUUUCUGCCAUAUCAUUUAUUUAGAGGAGUGGAUUUAAAAGUGAAUUUCAGUGAGGUGUGUAUGUUUGUGUGUUUGUGUCUGUGUGUGAUAUUUAAAGGUGAGCCACACAAAUUAGUAGGCAUCAUAAUUCACUAAGAAUUUAUUUUAGUUAGUUAAUUAUUUCCAACAGAAUAGUAAAAGUAUCAAAGUAUUUAUUUGCUAAACUUAUGUAUUGUAAAACAGAUCAUGGUUCUGAAAUGGAGUUGUUUAGAAAUACAUUUUGCAGUCUGAGUUGACUAAGAAGAGACUGUUGUAGAAUCUAAUGUCAGUCUUAAAUGAUACAUGGGAUUCAAAAGGUAGGAUUGUUGGGCUAGGAGGGGUAUUCCAGGGAGUGGGAGCAGAGAAAGCAGACACAAGAAACUGAAAGAUCCAAGGCAGGAGGUGACUGAGUUUCAUAUAGCACGUGGAGGAGAUUAGGGAGGGAAGCAUUGCAAAUGGCCAUACUCCAAGGAGAAAUGAUUCUUAGAUUCUCAAACCAAUACCAACUAUUAGGGGAGAGAUGCCUUUAAAUACAUUAAUUUUACCAGUUCUUAAUAACCCAUGGCUGGUUUUACAAACCAUUUCGGCUUCAAGCUUCUGGUAUUUUUAAUUCCUUAAAAUCUUAAUAUUCAAAUUCUAAAAAGUAAAAAAAUAAUUUAAUGCUAGGAAUCGUGCAUGGGCUGAGGGUCUUAUCUGGGAAGUUUUCUCAUGGGCUUUCAAAAUAUACCCCCAAAAUAAAGCAUUUUAACAGAAAAUACCCACCACACACACCUCUUUUCUUUUUUUGAAUCAACAUGCUGAGGCUAUGGGCAAAGACUAGAGCAGGCAACCAUGCAUGGGGCUGCCAUGGAAAGCAAUCAGUGGGAUAGAAAAUUAAUCCGUGCAAAUCCUUCCAGUUUGGUUGAAAAGGCAGGGGGAGCAGGCUCUGCUUGCAGCCAGAUUUGGUCUCUGAGGAUGGCAUUGCACCCCUCACCCCAGGCCCAUUGGGGCUGCAGAAGUCUGGCUGCACCCUGAGAUCAGGACUCUUCCCCCAUAGCAGUGACCAUUUGAGGUCUGGAAAACGUGGUCUUUUAUGCUAAGAAAAUAGCUCCCCAAACCACUGGAUCUCAUAAAUGGAUGGCUGUCGCUCAUGUUUGUCCCAGGUGCCAAAAUUGCAUCCUCCCUGCCCCCAGCUUCCCGCCACUGGCCACUCUGAAGCCGUGUGUUCCCAGGAAGACCGAUUCAGCGUGGAUCUGUAGCCCAUGACGAGCAGGCAGCUCUUCUUUUGUGUGCUGCUCUGCAUAGGUGCUCUCUGAUCCCUGCACGCAGCAUAAAAGAGCAUUGCUUAUCAAACAGGGCAGGCGCUUCCCUGGAGACUCGGCUACUCCUGGAAUCUAAUGAACGUGCCUGGUUCCCGGAGCCUGCCCCACGGGCUGCAGUCCGCCCGGGCCCUGCAGCCUGUCUCCCCUCCUGCUCACGCUGGGCAGGUCCCUGGGUCAUCCAGCCUGUCAGAUCUCUGUGCUGUUAGAAGUAUGUACAUGCAUGUGCACAUGUGUACAUGCACCAGCGCACUCAGAUUUGAUCUGACUAUCCUCGGGGUAUGGCCUUUUUUUCUGGACUGAUUGCCACAGCGUGAUUGAACCUUUUUAAAACUUCAAUAGACUCAGGGGUACAGUGUUUUGUGGUUAUAUAGUUGAAUUAUAUAGUGGUGGAGUCUGGGCUUUUAUGUACAUAUCACCUGAAUAGUGUACACUG